CACCAUAAGCCUUCUCCUCUCUAUUGAUAGAAAAAUAGGAUUCAUCCUAACUCGAUAAUUGGGUGUUCACCGGUAAACCAUUGCACAUUGUGGGCAUGGCUUCCGAGUCGGAGAAUGGUGGGGAUAUGCCUCCUGCAGAGACGACGGAUGAUGACUCCUCGGCGCCCUCAAUGGAAGAGGCGGAGAAGCAGGCGACACCGACUGAGAUGGAGCUAGUGAAGGCAAGCGAUGGUAAUGCUCAGGAGAUUGGGUCAUCGUCACUACCCGAGGGCCUCUCCCUAAAUUACGAGGAAGCAAGGGCUCUCCUUGGAAGGUUGGAAUUCCAGAAAGGUAACGUAGAAGCUGCUCUCUGUGUUUUCGACGGCAUAGAUCUUCAAGCUGCCAUUCAUCGGUUCCAACCAUCACUGGCCGACAAGACGCCAUCCAAGAAAGGCCGACCGAAAUCAGAAUCACCAAGAUCAGGAACCGAAAAUCCUGCCACCCUUGUUCUUGAAGCCAUUUACUUGAAAUCACUGUCUCUUCAGAAGCUAGGAAAAUCAACAGAAGCUGCGCACCAGUGCAAGAGCGUUCUUGACUCUGUCGAGAGCAUGUUCCAGAAUGGCCCUCCUGAUAUCGAACAGAAGCUACAGGAAACCAUCAACAAAUCUGUGGAGCUUCUCCCAGAGGCGUGGAAGCAAGCUGGCUCACAUCAAGAAGCACUAGCUUCUUAUCGCCGCGCUCUUCUCAGCCAAUGGAAUCUCGACGACGAAUGCUGCACGAGGAUUCAGAAGAGAUUCGCUGCGUUUUUGCUGUACAGCAGUGUAGAGGGAAGCCCACCUAGCUCGUCGUCACUAGCUGAAGGCAGCUUUGUCCCAAAGAACAAUGUCGAAGAGGCCAUUCUGCUUCUGAUGGUGGUACUGAAGAAAUGGUACCAGGGGAAGACGCACUGGGAUCCAUCAGUGAUGGAGCAUCUGACAUACGCAUUGUCGCUCUGCGACCAGCCAUCUGUUCUUGCAAAGAACAUAGAAGAGGUUUUGCCUGGAAUCUAUCCUCGCACAGAGAGAUGGUACACUCUGGCUCUCUGCUACUAUGCAAUUGGUCAGAAAGAAGAUGCACUGAACUUCCUGAGGAAGUCUCUGAACAAGCAUGAGAACCCAAACGAUAUAAUGGCGUUGCUCUUGGCUGCUAAGAUAUGCAGUGAGGAGCGCCAUCUUGCUUCCGAGGGUGUUGAAUACGCGAGGAGAGCAAUCACACACGCUGAAUCUUCAGAUGUUCAUGUGAAGAGCGUGGCACUCCAUUUCCUGGGGAGCUGUCUAGCCAAGAAGUCCAAGACUGUCUCAUCAGAUCAUCAGAGAUUGCUCUUGCAGACUGAAACUCUGAAAUCGUUAGCAGAGUCGAUUGCUCUGGACCGCCACAAUCCAGACCUGAUCUUUGACAUGGGAGUCGAGUACGCUGAGCAGAGGAACAUGAAUGCUGCAUUGAGAUGUGCAAAGGAAUUCAUCGACGCAACCGGUGGAUCCGUCUCAAAGGGUUGGAGAUUGCUGGCACUGGUUCUUUCUGCACAGCAGAGAUACCCUGAAGCAGAAGUGGCAACUGAUGCUGCACUGGAUGAGACUGCAAAGUGGGAUCAGGGGUUGCUGCUUAGUCUAAAGGCUAAGCUGAAGGUUGCUCAGUCAUCACCCAUGGAAGCAGUGGAGGCAUACCGUGCCCUGCUUGCUCUUGUUCAGGCACAAAAGAAUUCCUCUGGAUCUUCCAAGAAUGAUGCAGAAGGACAGGAUGACAGUGUUAGCGAGUUUGAAAUCUGGCAAGGUCUUGCAAACUUAUAUUCCAGCCUCUCAAUCUGGAGGGAUGCUGAGAUAUGUUUGCAGAAGGCUAGAGCACUGAAAUCCUACUCAGCUGCAACAAUGCAUGCAGAAGGAUACAUGCUGGAGGCACGAGAGCAGAACAAGGAGGCAUUGGCAGCCUACGUGAAUGCAUUCUCGAUAGAGCUGGAGCAUGUCCCAUCCAAGGUGGCCAUUGGUGCACUUCUCUGCAAACAAGGGCCCAAGUAUCUCCCUGCAGCGAGAUGUUUUCUCUCUGAUGCACUGAGGAUUGAGCCAACGAACAGGAUGGCCUGGCUUCAUCUAGGAAAAGUGCACAGGAAUGAUGGGAGGAUAACCGAUGCUGCUGAUUGCUUCCAGGCAGCAGUGAUGCUCGAGGAGUCUGAUCCUGUAGAAAGUUUCAGGUCACUCUCAUGAGGAUGUCACAAUGUUUGUUUUUCAGGUACAUAUUUGAGGGGAAAUAAGAAAUUAUCACCAAUAUAUAUAGUGGUCUACCAAAACAGUAAUUAAUUAAUUAAUACCUCAGCGUCGUUUCAUAAUUGUUUCACGUAUAAUGGUUUCAUCUGGUGUAGCUUCAGAAAAUACUAGAGUUUUUUACUUGUAAACUUGAGUGAGUCCAGAGUUUAUCAAGAUACCCAAUCUUUGUAUAUUGCACAGUUCUUGGACAUGACCCUCUUUAUGAGAUGGCAUUAGGAGAAUGUUUUGAGUGUAUCUGUAUGGAAAAUUCAGGGAGUAGUUAGCACUUGA